AUGGAAACAUAUCCGAAAUCCCUUGGUUAUGGAGUUUGGAUGUCAGUGAAGAUUGGUUACACAAUCCCCACACCAGAUAUCACAGAUGCAACUGAACUUAGGAAAUAUGACAAUGAUUCAAAGGCCAAGAACACUCUAUUAAGUGCGUUAAUCAAUACAGAGUUUGCUAGAGUUAUCGGUUGUGAGACUACAAAUGAAGUUUGGAAGAAGCUGCAAAGCAUUCAUGAAGGUGAUGAGAAAAUCAAAGAAGACAAGCUGCUACAUUUUAGGGCACAGUUCGAAAGCUUGAAGAUGUCAGAUGGAGAUUCAAUUGAUCAUUACAUGAGCAAGGUGAAUGAGGUUAUAAAUGCAAUCAGAGGACUUGGUGAAACUCUCAAAGAUGCAGUGGAAGCUCAAGAGUGGAAAAGGAAAAUACAAGGGAAAAAUUGUGGUGGCAUAGGGCACUUUGCCUCUAAAUGUCCAAAGAAGGGAAAAAUUGAUGAAUCAAAUGAUGAAGACCCACAAGUGAAGAAAUCAAAUUUCAAGAAAAAGAAGUCAUUUCCUAAGAAGAAAAACAACUACAAGAAGAAGAGUUUGAUUACACACAAGGAUAGCACUACCACAGAUGAGUCAUCUGAGGAUGAGGAGUCUGAUGAUGAAAACUAUGAGACUUUGUUCAUGGCUACCUCCACCACUGAUAUACAUGAAGAAGGAGAAAAAUUAGAUAAGAAAGAAGAGCAAUCAGAAGAUGAGUAUGAUUUUCAAGCAGAACUAUACACUGCCUUAAAGAAACUCAAGGUAGAAAGAAAGAAGAUAAAAAUUCUUGAGACUCAACUUGCAGAAGAAAGUGAGAAGAUCAGUCAGUUGUCACUUAUCAUAGAAGAAACCAAGAAGAUCAAUGAAGAUAUAUGCUUUAGCUUAUCCUCAAAGAUUGACGAAUGCACUCAACUUGAAGAAGAAAUUGUCACUUUGAGAGCUGAAUGUGAAUUGUUGAAAAAGACUGAUUAUCGGGCAGCUGUUACCUCAACUCCAACAGUUACAGUGUCAACUUCAAAAGGCAAAGAAGUGAGUGUACAAACACCUGAGGAAGAUCAUCAUGCAGUUCAUGAGAGUACUAUCUUGGAUGAGAUACUUAGUGUCCAAAGACCCAGUAAUGACAAAUCUGGUCUUGGGUAUGAGAAAGGAGGAGUUUCUAGUGGAGUGAAAACCAAAGGACAAGGCACGACACAAAAUCCAGUUCGGUUUGUUGGGGAGAAAAGAAAGAAAAAGGGCUCUAAUUCUAAAAAUUUAGAUAAAAGGAAAGUUGACAGAGAUGGAUUCACCACAGUCAGCAUCAGAAGCCCAAGAACUUUGGGAGAUAUUCAAGACAGGGACAGAGCUAAUUUAAUGGCACACAGUAAACCAUCACGUUGGAUUCUUGAUAGCGGAUGCUCUACUCAUAUGACAGGUGAUAAAGAUAAAUUUCUGAAUUUGGAACAUGUUGGAAAAGGCUCGGUUAGAUUUGGAAAUAAUGAUGGCGCUAGAGUUGAAGGAAAAGGCAAAAUCAGAUUAUACAAUGAACAUAUUUCUUCUAAUAAUGCCUUGUAUGUUAGUGAAUUGAAACACAACAUCUUGAGUGUCAGUCAGAUAUGUGAUAGUGGCAAUGAAGUUCUAUUCACCAAAGAUGGGUGUGUGAUCAAGAAGACAAAGAAUGGGAAGAUUGUGGCACAAGAAUCAAGGACAGCUCGUAAUCUCUAUGCACUUUCUGAAGGUCUUGAAGAAAUGUCGUGCAUGAUAAGCAAGAAAGGGGUACUUCUCGAUGACACCUUUGAAGCACUCAAAGACAAACCUAAAGUUAUUACUCCACGAGCACAAUAG